AUGACCUGGGUCGUUCCCAUGGGUGUUGGCAGUGUCUAUGGGUGGUCCCCAAUGCCAGCUGGCAUCAGUGAACAACUGACCAAUAAGAAGCUUGACGAUCAGCUGGAAAUCUACCGGGUUAUUAUCAAGGACAGCACCGUCCUGGCAAAGACCAAUGUCCAGACAAAGUCGAAGAAGUUGGAUGCUCUUAGGGACGCACUUGCUCGCCUUGCUGUAAAGGGUGACCCCGAGGCUUUGAAAACAACUGCCCUUGCAGAAGGGCUUCGAGAUUUGGCUGUAGAGGGUGAAGCUGAGACCAUGCUUGUUGUAAAGGACUGGGAGGAGCAGGUGGAAGCUGAAGAUGAUGAUUUAUGA